CAAAAAGAAACUCCGGGCCUGCGGAUGCGAAACGGCUUUCCACGUCUGAUAUGACAGCACAUGACAAGAGAUCACAUGACCCCCCGCAAGCAGUGUAUGAACACAAAGACAACGUCUCAAUUUCAAAAAAAAACUCUUUAGAAUUCCCUCGCUCGCUCGUAAGCAGCUUCCAGUCGCAUUGAAUUCCCACGUGGUCGCUGCAUAUCUCGGUGCUACCGUGAUUCGUGAUAUUCCUCCGGUUCCAAAGAUUUGAAUAUCAGCAAAACAACCCGUGGAAAUGGCGCCCGUUACCCUGUUCUUUGGGACAUUCGUGGACCUUCCCCGGUUAAGAUCCGGCCGGAAGCAUGAGCUCUCUAUCAAUCAUGGCGUGCUCUGGGUGUCGGCGUCGACUGGCCGGAUCGAGGGAUUUGACUGGAGUGUUGACAGCGAAGAAGAAUUGCAGUCAUUUGUUAGGAAAAAUGGCUGGGUGGAUGUACAGAUUGUACGAUCAAGGGAGGACCAAAACGAGUUUUUCUUUCCCGGGUUUAUCGAUACACAUAUCCACGCGUCUCAAUACCCAAACUCAGGCCUCUUCGGCUCGUCAACUCUCCUAGACUGGCUAGAAUCAUAUACAUUCCCACUCGAAAGCUCCAUGUCCCGUCUCUCCAAAGCCCGAGCGGCCUACGACAGCGUCAUCUCCCGCACCCUUGCCAACGGCACCACAUGCGCCUCCUACUUUGCAACCAUCCACGUCCCCGCAACAAACCUCCUCGCAACUCUCUGCCACACCCGCGGCCAACGCGCCCUCAUCGGCCGCGUCUGCAUGGACAACCCCUCCUUCUGUCCAGAGUAUUACCGCGACGAAUCCGCGCAGUCCUCCAUAUCUGCAACAGAGGAAACAAUAUCCCACAUCCACGCGCUCGACCCAGAAUCCAAGCUCGUUAAACCCAUUGUCACCCCUCGUUUCGCUCCAACCUGCUCACCCACUGCCCUCGCCUCCCUCGGCGCCCUCGCAGCAUCCCACACCCCGCCCCUGCACAUCCAAACGCACAUCUCAGAGAAUACAUCCGAGUGUGCCCUCGUCCACUCUCUCUUCCCAGAAUACCCCUCUUACGCAGCCGUCUACGACGCACAUUCCCUGCUUACCCCGCGCACGAUCCUCGCGCAUGCGGUCCACCUCACCCGCGAAGAAAAGGAACUCAUCGCGUCCCGCAAGGCCAAAAUCUCGCACUGUCCAGCGUCUAAUUCGGCGCUGGGUUCGGGGAUUGCACAGGUCCGGGAUCUCAUUGAUAAGGGGAUCACGAUUGGUCUUGGGACGGAUGUUUCGGGGGGAUAUAGCCCCAGUAUCCUUGAGGCGGUGCGGCAGGCUUGUCUUGUUAGUCGGCUGUUGAGACAUACGACUUCAAAUGUCAGCGAGGGGGCUGAUGGAGAGGAGGAUGAAGGCAGGGAGAUACUCUCCGUCGAAGAAGCGCUAUAUCUUGCGACGCGCGGCGGUGCGGCUGUCGUUGAUAUGGACGGUGAAUUGGGCGGCUUUGAGGUGGGCAUAUUUUGGGAUGUUCAGAUGAUUCGGCUUGGGCCGACUACAGCCUCUGCUGGGACUGCAGCUGUAUCUGCAUCUACUGCUGGCUCUGGGUCUGAGACUCAGUCUGUAGUUGAUAUCUUCGGCUGGGAGUCCUGGACUGAAAGGGUCCAUAAGUGGGUGUGGAGCGGGGAUGAUCGGAAUGUGAGAAGGGUUUGGGUUAGAGGGGCUCUUGUCCAUUCUAUUGAUGAUGACGGCGAUAAUAGUUCUGAGAAGGGGUUAUUUGGAUUGGCUGCUGAUGGUAUGAGGCAAGACUGGGUGCGUUGGGCAUUGGGUGGUGUUGGUGUUGGCGCGUUAGGACUGAUAUUGGGGGGAAGAGUGAGGAGAGUCUGAAUGUGGAAUAUUUCAUGGUUCAUUUUGUUUGCUUGCAUAUGAUGCAACUGUGAUGGAGUUAGACUUGCAUGCAUCUGCCUUUGCAUCUACGUUUUCUUUGUACUCGUGAUCUGGGAAGUUUUGACACUGGAAGAGAAAUAGUCACCAGGGAUAUCUUCAGGAAGUGAAUUAUGUAUAUACACAUGUACUACCACUAUGUACAAAAUGUUAAUAUCACUGUCCAUAGUAUCUACUUAAACAGCAUCAAGAGACAAGAAAUAACAUCUCGCCUUUACCCCU